CAGUGGGACUGUCGUCACAAGGAAACUCCGAAAACUGCAGUAGCGCCCCUCCAUCUCGGCAAAGGCCGGCAAGCGGCAUCGCUGAUCAGCUGGCAGAGGGUGUUUGUUGGCCUCGCCUGGGCGGCCGUCGGAGCAAUGGAAAGGAGCAGCAGCGACAAGCACUUCAUCCUCGUGCACGGCCUGUCGCACGGCGCGUGGUGCUGGUACAGGGUGGUGGCGAGGCUGCGCGCCGCGGGGCACCGGGUGACCGCGCUCGACAUGGCCGCGUCGGGCGUCCACCCGGCCCGCAUCGACGAGGUGGCGUCGUUCGAGGACUACUCGCGGCCGCUGCUGGACGCGGUGGCCGCGGCCCCGGACGGCGAGAGGCUGGUCCUGGUGGGGCACAGCCUCGGCGGGCUCAACGUCGCCCUCGCCAUGGAGAGGUUCCCGCGGAAGGUCGCGGCGGCCGUGCUCCUCGCCGCGUGCAUGCCGCGCGUCGGCAGGCACAUGGGCAUCACCAUCGAGGAGUUCAUGAGGACGAUCACACCAGAUUUCUUCAUGGAUAGCAAAACGAUGGUUCUCAACACCGAACAAGGAGCAAGAACUGCAGUUCUACUUGGCCCCAACUUAUUGGCGACGAAAUUGUAUGAUCAAAGCCCAGCCGAGGAUCUGGAACUGGCGAAGUUGUUGGUGAGACCUGGUUGCCAGUUCAUGGACGACCCACUGAUGAAGGAUGAGACGCUGCUCACGGAUGGCAACUACGGAUCGGUGAAGAGGGUGUUUGUGAUCGCCAAGGCUGAUACUAGCAACACCGAGGAGAUGCAGCGCCGGACGGUCGAUUUAAGCCCCGGCGCGGAAGUCGAGGAGAUCGCUGGAGCCGAUCAUAUGGCCAUGCUUUCCAAACCGGGGGAACUGUAUCAUGUUCUGGUCAAGAUUGCCAACAAGUACGACUGAGUUGGAGAUGGUUGAGCUACAAGGCUCGUAUUCCUUUUUUUUCGUUUGGGAAAUCUGAAAUUAUCAAUAGUCCGUUUCAGGCUUCUAUUUGCACUGUCCAAGUACGAUGCAAGUUUGUAACCCGAGUUCUAAAAUAAGUUCUUGAUCCAUUUGAUGUUAUUUUCACUGGUGCGAUGUAUCUUGUAUCCAAGUCAGGCCCAAACAAAGGCACGU